AUGAUACAUAAUAGAGUCGUUGAGAUUACCACAAGACGCUGGUUGGCAAGAGCAGCGGUCAAAUCAGCUGUUAAGGUGCCUAAUCAAGCCUUUCGAGCCGAUAAAGGCGGUAUUAAAUUCGAAAAGAACUUUCCAUCAGAGCGCAAAGCAAAAGCGUGGGAAAGAGCUGGACAAGAUAAAGAUACCUGGUUCAAACGAAAAUAUGCCCAUAUUCAUGCAAAAUCCAACGAAGGGGUGCCGAAUGAUAGGUACGGUAAACGUGACGCGCAUAAGGUGAGAGUUGAAGCUGGGAAAUUGGAGUUGAAAAGACAGCAUCGUGAGCACAGAAACAAAUUUGAAAACCGAGAUUCGCUGAUCAAUUUCAAGCCUAACCCACUAUCGGAGUAUGUUUAUGGUGUGAACAGUGUUCAGUCGGCUUUGAUGGCGGGCAAGAGAGAAUUUCACUCGCGACUACUGUAUCAUGGUGCGAUUCCUGAACAAAUAGCGAAACUUGCAAAAUUCCUGAAUGUUACCAUGGAAGUGGUGGAUAAACAUCGUUUGAAUCUGCUGACUAACUACGGCGUUCACAACAACGUUGUCUUGGAAACAAAACCUUUGCAAAUAGAGGAAAUCUCGUAUGUGGGCCAAUGCGACGAGGCGUCGCAUUCGUUUCAGUACGGAGAAUAUUCCUUUGACGGUUUUGUAGAUAGAGACUUGAGCUUUUCACAGUCUGCGACCAAGAAAUAUCCGCUUGGAAUUUAUUUGGACCAAAUCCACGAUCCGCAUAACAUAGGCGCCAUCAUAAGGACGGCCUUUUUUUUGGGGGCAGAUUUUUUAAUUAUGUCCAGGCGCAACUGUGCUCCAUUGUCACCAGUUGUCGCAAAGACAAGCAGUGGUGCUCUGGAAUAUUUCCCGAUCUUCACAGUUGAUAAACCACUUGAUUUUUUCAACCGAUCUCAAGAGGCUGGAGGAUGGUCGUUUGUUUCGACGGGAAUUGCUACCGCUAACAAGCACAACAAACAUAAGUUUUUGCAAGCGGAAGACCUGCGUGGCAUGCUCCAAGAGCUUCCUGUGAUUUUGGUGGUAGGAAAUGAAGGUGAGGGAGUGCGAACCAAUUUGGAAAUGAGAAGCGAUUUCUUGGUGAGUAUACCGUUCGGCGGAGGUCAAACCGACAUCGCUCCUGUUCAGAAUACGGGCGUCGACUCGUUGAAUGUCAGUGUGGCCACGGGUAUCCUGCUCAAUUUAUUGCUCAGUUGA